UGUGGCGAAAUUCGGUGCCGUGAGAACAUUGUAUAUAUUGGUGUAGGUAUAAUAAUUCGUGAAGAACAUGGCGAACUAGAGAUAUUACUAGCUCAGGAAGCAAAGCGACGCUGCUUUGGGAAGUGGUACGUCCCAGCUGGCCGCAUAGAACCCGGUGAAACACUACUGGAAGGUGUUUCCCGAGAAGUGUUGGAAGAAACGGGUUACCGCUGUGAGCCAGAAGAACUGUUGAGUGUAGAAGUGCAAGGAUCCGGUUGGUAUCGACUUUCGUUUUACUGCAAUGUCACUGGUGGUCGGCGAAAAGUGAACGCCGACAGUGAAUCGCUGUGCUCGAAUUGGUUUCCAGUUCACGAAGUGAUGGCAAAAAGAAUGGAGUUGAGGUAG